AUGUUGCUCACAACCAUCGAAACACCUGUCAACAGCAUGGCCCCUGCCGACCAAGCCGCCGGAAGCACUCGAUGCGCUAGAGAAGACUGCAGUGAUUGGGCGGUGGCCAAUUCUCGCUUCUGCAGCGCUCACUUCCCCUACGACACCAUCGAAAAGAUUGUCGCACAUUCCCUCGAUCCCGAUACGGCACUCGUGACCCUCACUGUCCUUGUCAAAGGCGCACGCAAGGAUAUCUCCGAAUGGGAUGUCCAGGAACACCGACCGACUCUUCUCUACGAUUACUGGGCGAGCUUCAAGGGUAGAACUCGACAAGACGUCCUCGGUAUCGGAGAGCUGUAUCAUCCCUUCCGGUUUCGGCGACACCGUCGCGUCCGCGGCCAAUGGCAGGUGCUUGUCCAGUGGCUAGGAUACUCGGAUGAGGGAGAGGAUGUGUCCUGGGAGCCGGCCGUUAAGAUGCGCAUCGACGCGCCUGGUGUUAUGACCGACUACUGCGGAUACGUGGAUGACGAGAGUACGAAGGCGGCUCUCUUGGGCCUGAUGGCCCGAGCAGAAAACAACGAGGACGUUGAACUGGAGAAGCAGGAUGUCAAGGCCUCUAUCGGGACUCCCGCGCCUUCCAAGCAAGCAACGAAGCGCAAGAGAGAGAAUCUGGCCGAGCAGCCCGAACCUGUCAGCGAUAAGCGCCGGCGGUAUGACUUGACAUCUGCAACCAAGUCUCCCCCUCCCAAAUUGUUUUCUUCGAAGCGGAGACAAUCACAAGCUCCUCCCGACGCCUCGAUCCCACCCCAGACGACGCCGAAAUCCUCCCUCUCUACCAAACGGCAGUCGACGCUUCCCGUGGAAACCGUUGCGAAUGGUGUCUCCUCACCUGCUCAGCCACAGCCUCAGUCAAGACGGAAAAGCACGCGAGCAGCCUCUGUGGCAGUCCCGAGCACCACAGCAUCACAGCGUCUCAACCCUGCGGAUGUUCCUCGGACGAUGCUGUGGUUCAUGGACGACUUCACUGUCGGCGACUUGCAAAAGGUUCGCCGCUUCACUGACGGGCACUGCACUAUGGGCUUGCAUCAGUCUCUGGAUUGUACAGAUGCUCACCGUGAGGAGCGGACGCGAGUGUGGUGGGCCAUUUAUUUCCUUGACAGACUGAACGACUACUCUUGCGAUUUGUGCGAACGAACGCUACUCGUCCGCGAAGCACAAACAGGUGACAUCCUUCCGGGAAACGACGAGCUAUGGAGCUCGUGCAUCGACUCAAAUGCCUUGUCUCCAAGAACGAUGCUCUCAUUUUCCGCUGACCAGAUAAUGGACUCCGGAGUUUUUGCCAACGAACUCCAGGCCAUGUACGCUCUUCAAAGUGUACUGAAAACAACCAGGGACCCCUCAUUUUGCCUGGGGACACUCAAAGAUCAUGGAUCAUGGAAGGUUGACAUGUUAAUCCAGCAAAAGAUUUAUGACACCUUGGAAACAUCACAGAAGUAUUUGGAAAAUCAAUACUGCGUGAUUGUCAUAUAUCUCCUAGUCCUCUAUAGCGGCUCUGGGAAUGGCCCUUAA